AUGGCUGCUGCCUGGAGACUGGACAAGGGCCCGAGCGGCCGCAACCCGCUCGAGGGGCUCAAGGAGCUGCUGGAGGCCGAGGCGCUGACCGAGGACGUGGCCGAUGUGGAGGCUGGCCAUGAGGCAGGAGCGGACGAGGCGACAAGGGGCAAGGCAGUACUUGCGGAACAGGCUGCGGCGCUGGAUGAAGCCAAGACAAGCGGGCGGCUGGAAGAGGCGCUAGAGAGCCUUCGGCUGCCGGUCGAUGCGGUGGCGGCGAUGCUGGACGAGGCUGGCGGCAAGGUGCAAGUCUUUGAUGUCGGUGACUCGCUGGAUGUUGUCGAGCAUCUAGUGGUGACGGUGGGCAAGUCGAAGCGGCACGUGGCGGCGCUGGCCCGCUCGGCGCACGCGCAGCUCAAGCGGCGGCCGUACCCGCAGGUUGGGACGGCGCUCCUGCAACGACCGGGCUCGCGCGGAGACUGGUGGGUCCUGGACACUGGCGAAGUGCUCAUUCACUUUAUGACUGAGGCUGCCGACGCCGAGUACGACAUCGGUGGGCUGUGGGACGGCCGGCUGAGCCCUGAAGAGUACGAUGCCGAGAUGCGCGAGUCGGAGCGGUGA